GUGGCCGCGGCGCGCAGGCGCGGGGGGCGGCCCCGAAGCGGGUUCUGCGCUGGGGCUUUCUGGAGGGAGGUGGCUGCGGCGCUGCACCGGCGGCGGCGUUUCCACGUGCUCUUUACGGCCGGUUGAAACCGUUGGCGGGCGCUGGCUGAGAGGACGAGACUUCAAACCUAGCUUGUAUAGAGAAUACAUAACCAUUUAGCUAAAAAUGGUAUUUUUUACGUGCAAUGCAUGUGGUGAAUCAGUGAAGAAAGUACAAGUAGAAAAGCAUGUGGCUAUUUGCAGAAAUUGUGAAUGCCUAUCUUGCAUUGACUGCGGUAAAGAUUUCUGGGGCGAUGACUACAAAAACCAUGUGAAGUGCAUCAGUGAAGAACAGAAGUAUGGUGGCAAAGGUUAUGAAGGUAAAACCCACAAAGGCGAUAUUAAACAGCAGGCGUGGAUUCAGAAAAUUAAUGAAUUAAUAAAAAGACCCAAUGUCAGCCCCAAAGUGAGAGAACUUUUAGAGCAAAUUAGUGGUUUUGACAACGUUCCCAGGAAAAAGGCAAAAUUUCAGAAUUGGAUGAAGAACAGUUUAAAAGUUCAUAAUGAAUCUAUUCUGGAACAGGUGUGGAAUAUCUUUUCUGAAGCUUCCAGCAAUGAAGCAGUCGGUAAGGGUCAAGACCGGCAGCCCCUCACCCAGGCGGUCAGCCCACCCCGCGCAGAGCUCUCUGCUAAGGUGCCAGCCUCUGAAACAAAUGACCGCACUGAAAAGCAAGCAGAGGUGAAGAAGAAUAAGAGAGAAAGGAAGGAAGAAAGGCAGAAGAAUAGGAAAAAGGAGAAGAAAGAACUAAAAUUAGAAAACCACCAAGAGAACUCGAAGAAUCAAAAGCCUAAGAAGCACAAAACAGCCCAGGCGGCUGGAGGGGAAGCCCUGAGGUCUGCAGGGAAGAAAAGCCAGAGAAAGGCGGGCGAGGCAGAGGGGGCUGCUGACAGGGCAGAGGAUGGAGCUGGGGCCUGUGCAGGAGACGCCGAGGAGGAGCCCACAAAAGCUCGGCCUGGGAAGAGAAAGCAGAAGCACUUGGAAGAUGACACAGAUUAUAAGAAGAAAAAGAGAAAGUUCUCAGGACCUCCUGAGGGCGGAGAACCAGAAAACCAUGAGGCUCCUACAAAAGGUAAAUUCAACUGGAAGGGAACCAUUAAAGCAGUUCUGAAACAGGCCCCAGACAAUGAAGUAGCCAUCAAAAAGCUAAGGAAAAAGGUUUUAGCUCAGUAUUACGCAGUGACGAAUGAGCAUCACAAGUCUGAAGAGGAGCUCCUGACCAUCUUUAACAAGAAAAUCAGCAAGAACCCUACCUUUAAGUUACUAAAGGACAAAGUCAAGCUUUUGAAAUGAACAUUUUUAUAUUUAAAAAUGGAAUCUGUUCUGUUGAUGUCUUUCACUGCUGUUUAUAAAACGUAAUGAAUUAUAACAACUCCUAAUUUUGCUUUCCAAAGCUGUAUUUUUAAGUUAAGGAUAAAGUCUAUUUUUGGUAGAACUUUUAUGAGAAAAUAUAUUCUUACCCAAGAUUCUAAAUCUGGUGGUGAAAAUUGUUGUACUUGAUGGAAUACUUUUAUGGUGAAAAACUUUUAAAAUUUUACAAGUAAAAAAAAAAUUCCUCCUUUGGAGCAGACAAAAAAAGUGUUUUAACUGCAUCACUUCUAUACAGUUUUAAUUAGAGGUUUUGGUGGGUUUGUUGUGUUGUCAGAACAUGUGAAAUGGUCACGAGAGUCCUCAGUCUGUGGCAGUCCGUGGACUCUCCGGAAGGCCCCCUCUUCAGAUGAGGUUUGUUUGUAACAGUCUGGCCCGUCUGCACUGUGGCCCUGUCCUGCUUUGGCCUGAGACAGACUGUGACCACCUAGGGGAAAUCGCUUGCCUGAAACAGAGCCCAUCACUUAGCUGUGUUGAUGUCCCAGGGUUCUGAGUGGAUGGAAAUGCUCUCAGACGAGGUAUUCUGAGUCCCGGUGUGUGGUGCCAGAGGAGAGCUGUGUCUGGCCACUUGCUGAGAUUGGAGUAGGCUCUGCCCACAGGUCCCUUACUCGCCCCCAAAUUCAGCAGCAAUGUGUCCCAUUCCGAUCUGGGGACAUGCCGCUGUGAUGAUGGGAUUCAGGGGCACUGUGUUGGGAUGAAGGCUUUGGAAUCGGGCUCACAGUCUGGUCCUGGCUUAGUCCUUUAAUAGUUAACCUUUGUGAACCUCCCUUCUCCCAUCUAAACAGUGGGGAUGCCGAAGGCUCCUCUUGGGCUGUGAGUGAAUGGACUCGCAUGUGAAGCAAACAGCACCGUGCCUGAAGCCUGGCAGAUGCUCACCCACUGCUGUUAGCAUUCUCAGUAUCGAGUUUCCAGCCACGAGAAGGCUCAGACAUUCUGGAAAGCAAAGGGGAAAGUGAGGCUUGACCCAGACCACAUACUUUAGGGACGAGCAGAGCCCAGCUAUGACUCCUGAGUGCAGUCCAGGAAGCCUUCCUGCUCCCCUGUCCUCCCUGUGCACAGUGGGAGCUGAGAACCUACUUGCCACCCCCGCAUUUUCAUGUUCAAGAGAAGCUCCACAGCAUUUCAAGAUCUAUGCUGGUUUUUAUUUUUUGUCAAUU